AUGCCUUCAUGGGACAAUACGCCUAACGGCAAGAUGACCGCUGCCAUCUUAUCCUCGCCUGGUGCCAGUCCUCCAUCAAAAUGCUUCACAAUGGACAAGGAGUAUCCCAAACCUACACUUCCAUCACAGAGCUGGGUUCUGGUCAAGGUCAAAGUCGCUGGAUUGAAUCGUGCUGAGCUUCGUGGUCGGAAUGGUGAUGAGCCCGCACCACCUGAGUUUGGAAUGUUCGUUGAUGAAUUCCAUCCUGAUCCGCCAAAGAUCCUUGUCGAAGAAGCAGGCUCUGAGACCAAGUUCAAGAAAGGAGAGCUUUGCACUGGGUUCAUCUACGGAGGAGGUAAAGCAUUUGAUGGAGCCUACGCAGAGUAUGUCAUCUGCCCAGCUCAACGGCUGUUCAGACUACCACAGACCACACUGUCUUGGAAUGUGCUGGGUGCUAUCACAAUGUCCAUGUGGACAGCAUAUGGAUCUCUAUUCGAGGCAGGCCAGCUCACGAAAGGUGCCACUGCUCUGAUUCAUGGAGCAACGAGCAGUGUCGGUAUAUGGGCCGUUCUCCUGGCCAAGGACCGUGGAUGUACCGUCAUUGCUACAACACGCAAGCAGGACAAGGUUGCAAAGCUGAAGUCAGUCGGAGCAGAUCAUGUUGUUCUUGAACACGAGCUCGACGAGCAACUGAAGAAGUUGGCUCCCAAAGGCGUUGACUGUCUGCUGGAACUUGUUGGGCCCGAUACCAUCCAAUCUCUCGCGCUACCGAACCUGGCAAAACAUGGCUCAGUUGUGGUCACUGGCGUUCUCACCAAGCAAUGGGCUAUGAAGGAGUUUACGCCUGCUCUCAUUCCACCCACACGCAAGAUGACUUUCUACAGUCUAGAGCCCGGGCAGGAGGAGGAUGAAGGCGUGGAGAGAGUCGUUGGAGAGGUGAUCAAGAAGGUGGAAGCUGGAAUGUUCAAGCCAGAGCACUUUCUUGACAAGACGUUUUCUUUGGAGAGAAUAGGCGAGGCACAUGAAUACAUGGAGGACAACAAGGCAGUUGGGAAAGUGGUUGUGACUAUUCCUUGA